CUUUUUUGGGGGGGCUCGUUGUCUCUUUUUCUUUCUUUUCUCUGUUUUUAGGCGGAGAUAAGUUGAGACUUCUCUUUCGAGAGGAUUGUUAUACAUUCUGCCACACGUGGAGGACGCGAUGACGCCUCGCAAAUUGAAGCGUUAAAGUGGUAAUUAUAGAGAAAAGUGUUGUUGUUUUUAGCAAUGGGGAACCAAGCCGGCACCACCGACGGUGACCACCUUGAGUGACACCACAUCCAACAGCACCCCCACUCCCUCCACCGACCUGGCACUAUUGUUAAUUUGACUCUACGUUUCUUUUGGAAGACGUGGCUGGAAUAAAGCGUCAUGGCUCCAAGUCUGUGGGGGAUUUUUUUUCUAAAAACGACCUAAAAAUACAGCGUCGGUUUUUCUCUUCUCCCUACAAAGACUCAUUUGAACUUCCCACCGCAGAAGGCAGAGCGACAUAAAUAGUGCUGACAUGUGGAUGUAAUUUCACGAGAAAGAGAGGGAAGGGGGGUUUGAAAGACACACAUGCAAAAAAAAAAGUGUGUGUAUGGGGUGGGGGUGAAUAAAGUGAGCACUGCUGAGCCUAUAAGCGUUCAGAUGAUAGGAAAUUAAAAGACCGACUGGAUUACAGAGCAUAAACAGCAUCAGUCGGCAGAUGGAGAAAAAAACCCAAACCCAGCACACACUCCACUUUGAAGCGUAGAUUAAAUAAUUCAAAUCCAAGCAUCAUCAGCAUCUUUUGGAAGAACCCGGCAAGGACUCCGUGGAAGAAGUGACUGCAGCAGCUCAGUGAUGGGCUCCACUGCGCUGCUCCACAAUCUGGAUUUGCUUCUCAUCUCUCUGCUCUGCACUUUCUGCCUGGCCCAUGCAGAUGAUGUACUCACCAAAGAGGAGCAGAUAGCGCUGCUGUUCAAAGCCAAGCGCAAGUGCGAAGGCCUCGUCAAAUCGAGGCAAGGCAAGCUUCCUGAUGGUUACUGCUCACCAGAAUGGGAUGGAAUUGUGUGUUGGCCUGAAGGGGCUUCAGGAAAGCUUGUGUCCACCUCAUGUCCGGAUUACAUCUACGACUUCAACCACAGAGGACGAACCUACCGCAGAUGCAGCAGUAAUGGGACGUGGGAGAUCUCCGCGGCCAAUAACAAGACGUGGGCCAAUUACAGCGAAUGUGCAAAAUUCCUCUAUCAUUACAACCAGAACCAGGAGAAGGAUGUCUUUCACCGUCUGUACCUCAUCUACACCGUGGGCUACUCCGUCUCGCUGGGAUCGCUCAUAGUGGCUGUGCUCAUCUUGGGAUAUUUCCGACGUCUGCACUGCACCAGAAACUACAUCCACAUGCAUCUCUUCGUGUCCUACAUGCUGCGAGCUGUGAGCAUCUUCGUCAAGGACGUUGUGCUCUACUCAGGAUCUGCCCUGGAAGAUGUGCAACGUGUCACGGUGGAGGAACUCAAGUCGAUCACAGAGGCUCCCCCAUCCAACAAAGCACAUUUUAUUGGCUGCAAGGCGGCCGUGACCCUCUUCAUGUACUUUCUGGCAACCAAUUACUUCUGGAUCCUGGUAGAGGGUCUGUACCUCCACAGUCUUAUCUUCAUGACCUUCUUCUCGGACCGGAAAUAUCUUUGGGGCUUCACGAUGAUUGGAUGGGGUGUGCCAGCCAUGUUUGUGAGCGUUUGGGCGACAGUGAGGGCUACAUUUGCGGACACAGAGUGCUGGGACUUAAGUGCGGGCAAUUUGAAAUGGAUUUAUCAAGUGCCUAUACUUGCGGCUGUCGUGGUCAAUUUUGUCUUAUUUUUAAACAUCAUCAGAGUCCUAGCAACCAAACUGCGUGAGACCAAUGCUGGAAGGUGUGACACGAGGCAGCAGUACAGAAAGCUGCUGAAGUCCACGCUGGUGCUGAUGCCGCUGUUUGGCGUUCACUACAUCAUAUUCAACGCCAUGCCCUAUACGGAAGUGUCGGGCAUCCCCUGGCAGAUCCAGAUGCACUAUGAGAUGCUCUUCAACUCCUUCCAGGGCUUCCUUGUCGCAAUCAUAUACUGCUUUUGCAAUGGGGAGGUGCAAGCAGAGAUCAAGAAAUCGUGGAGCCGUCGGACCCUGGCACUGGAUUUCAAGCGAAAGGCGCGCAGCGGCAGCAACACGUACAGCUACGGCCCGAUGGUGUCGCACACCAGCGUCACCAAUGUGACCGCCCGGGCGCCGCACGGCCUCCACCUCACAACCCGGCUGGGACCGACGCCGGUCAACGGGCACCGCAACCUGCCGGGCUACAUCAAGAACGGCUCCGUGUCCGAGUGCUCGGCACCGUCCUCGGGCCAGGAGAUUCACGCCGAACCCGAGGAGCUUUGCGCCGCGCCGGCGGAGCAGCCACCGCCGCCGCAGCCGUGCGAGGAGGCCGAGGAAGAGAAGCCCUCGCCCGUGUUCGUGGUGGAGGAAGAGCGUGAGACGGUCAUGUGACCCGCUCCGUAAAAAGGGGUGUCCCCAAAUUUUGUGGCCGAGACACUUUGAGCUGCCACGCUGAAUGUGCAACAGUCUUAAAACAGGCUGUCUUUUAAAAUGGAUUUUAUUUCUUUGCAUCCACUGCCAUCUUUUCAAGUUUUUUUUUCUUUUUACAUUAUAUGCUUUUUUUUUCUUUUGGUCACAUACAUCAGACUGAAGUUGCCAGGAAAAGCCUUAAUCAAUCUCAUGGCCAGGUUUGGAGAUGGAGAAAGAAGUUGCGUUGAAAAAAAAAAAAUCUGUGUUAACAGGAAGCCACUCAGGUAAUUCAUGUACACUUUUGAUUUUUCAACUUUUUUUCAGGCAUUUAACAACUCUAUCUACAAAAUGAACCGUUUCCCACAUUCCACGCAGUUUAAAUGAAUGUAUCCAGUGUUUGUGGAUGUUUUGUUUGUAUUUGGCAUCACUGGAGACUGCGUUGUUCAUAUGUGUUGCAAAUAGACAUUUCGAUCAAGCUGAUCCUGUGCUAUAUAUGCUGCUUUCAUGAUGUACAUACAAGUCAAAAUGUUUACAAAUGCCAUUCAAAUUGUGAGCUAAUGUCGUUAUUGCAAAGAAGUGUUUUGUGUGUGUGUGUGUGUGUAUGUGUGUAUAUGUAGUUUCUGUUGUAGUUUGUAAUAUUUGACAUAUGUGCAGUAUAUAGUACAAACCUAAACGGCAGCAUUUUUAAAUUCCUCAAUUCAUACUUAAACCAGGGUGAUGUUUUUUUUUAGAGAUCUAUUUUUUUUUUACAUUACGUUGUUCUGGUGGUUAGCAAGUCUGCCUCACAGUAUUGUCUUAGAACUCCAGCCUUCCUGCGUGGAGUUUGCAGCUUAUAUCCAACACACAUGUUAGCUUGAGUGAGGACUUAAAAUUGUUCAUAGAUAAAAGUUUUUGUUUGAUUAUAUCACUGGUGUCCAACUCACGGCCCGGGUGCCAGACUUGGCCCACCACAUCAUUUUACGUGGCCCGUGAAAGCAAAUCAAACAUGUCAACUUCCAUGAGUCUUGCUAAAAUCUGGACCAAAAUUUCAACUUCUCACUUCUAAUAAAUAAGAGAGGUAUUAUAAGCGUUUUCUUGUCACCAAACCACUCAUUGCCUAACUGAUACAGUAGUCGAAUAAACUGUUCUUCCUGACUUCCUUAUAUAGUUUCAGUGAUACCGGCCAUCCAAGGGAAAUGGUAACUUAAAUGUGGACCGCGACAAAAAAUAGUUUGACACCUCUGGUCUAUAUGUGUACCCCACCUCUCAAUGCAAGUCAUUUGCAAUAAGCUCCAGCUCACCCAUGGCCUCAUGUGGACCAGCACUGCCGAAAAUUGAUUGGUGGGUUUACAGUCACCAAAACAUUUCGUUUUUAACAGCAAAACAAGCUCACAAGCGAACGCUCCGUCUUUCCUGGCAGUUUUCGUCCUCACAGUUUUUGUACAGUCCAGACGACGCUUGAGCUUUUUGCCUCAGAAGAGCAUUUCUGAGCAGCAUGUCUUCACCUUCAGGGGAGUUAAAAUAAGAUGCAAAUGCAACGUGAGCAUUAGUGAACAUCAGGAGGUAAACAUUCGGCUCUCAACAGAAUUUAGUGGCAUUUGGUGCAUUCAUUAAAAAAAGGAAUGGGAUGCAAUUAUAAUGGAACUUCUAACUUGGAGCACAAACCAAAAGAUGACCACCCAUUUGGUCAUGUUUGAUAAUUUGCUUUAAACUUCACAAAGUCCAAAGAUAUCAAACCAAUAACUUUCAAGCCAUAUUUUCACCUAAAGUUUUGGCUGCACACUGAAAUGUACCAGGAGGUGUGUUCCACACUUAAGGCGUAUAUCUUAGGAAAAGUUCAACUUGAUUUAUACAACGGUGUUUGGCAUUUCCCAUCCAUUUUUCCCCCUCAUAUUUUGGUUGAAUUCAGAAACGAGGCAUAUUUUUCACAUGUUGGUUGAAUACCAAAAUGUAGGACUUAAAUACAUUUUGGUUGGGCUUCAAAUUGUAAAACCUCAGUCAGGGUGUAAUGUUUGUGAAAAUGUUGGUUGCACACUGAAAUGUUCCAAUUUGAAAGAGUGUCUUUCACUGUGAUUUUUUUUUUUUUUUUUGGUAACUCCAGAGAGACACUCAAUUGUAGUGGCUUAUUUUGCAGUAAAGUUUGGUUGAACUCAAGAGACUAAGCUCAUGAAAAAACAUGUUGUACACAAUGUACGACUUGAGGGGUGUAUUUUUGUCACAUAUUUGCAUUGAACUCUGAAAUGUCUCAAAACACUUUCAGGACGUAGGACUUUAAACGUUUCGCUGUUAUUUAUAACUGAUAUGAUUUGGUAUUAAAUGGCUCGAAAUAAAUCAUUUUCAUGGAGAUGAAAAGUGGCAAGCCCAGUGAUCCAGUGGCUAGCGCAUUGACCUCACAGUGCAGAGGUACCGGUUUAAUUCCGGCUCUGGCCUCCCCGUUUGGAGUUUGCAUGUUCUCCCCGUGCCUGUGUGGGUUUUCUCCGGGUACUCCACUUUCCUCCCACAUUCCAAAAACAUGCGUGGCAGGCUGAUAGAACAGUCUAAAUUAUCCCGCGGUGUGAAUGUGAACACGGAUAGUUGUUCGUCUGUGUUGUGCCCUGCGAUUGGGAGGCAACCGGUUCAGGGUGUCCCCCGCUUAAUGCCUGAAGAUGGCUCGGAUGGGUUCCCGCCACCCCCCCCUCCCCCGCCACCCUUGUAAAGAUAAGCGGAUCGGAAAAUGGAUGGAUGGAAAUGAAAAGUAGUCCAAGUCAAUGUUUUGAAGUGAUUUUGUUUAAAUACAAUUUCCGACUACAGUUUUAUGAGAACGUCACGUCGUUCCCUUCUUUUUCUUCUUCUUUAAGCUACAAUGUCUUCCAUUUUCCACACAUUACAAAGCCAUCUUAAUCCUCUUCAUAUUCAGCAUGAGCUACUGUUGUUGUUGUUCAGACGCAAUCUGCUUUUCACUUUGUCAGCGGUGAAAUCAAUUGCCUAGAAAUCUUUCUUUAAAAUACCACAGCUAUGGACUAAUUAAAAAAUUAAAAUAGACAUCUAUAGAAUAGGAUGGUAUUUGAGCACUUUAUUGCUAUCGAUAUUAAUAGAAAUAAAACAAUACAGUCCUCUGCUCUGAUUGUAUCAUGUCAAAUGAUUAUAUUUGGCGGCCAACAAGUAUAUGGAGUCAAAAGGUUAUGGAAGUGUAAAACAUGUCUUGUUGUUGUCAUUUUGGAGCCUGUUGCCAUGGAGAUGAGAGGCCCAGUGUAUAUACUGUACAUGCAUGUCUUAAAUGUGGCUUGUGAUUAAGACAAUAAAAGGUAUUGGUGUACUGUU